CGCAUGUUCGAGCGCGCUAUGUCGCCCGCUGCCUGGCCUACGCCACUCCAGUCCGCGCGUAACACCGGGACGCGUUGUGUCCACGACCGUGGCCUCCGCGCGACUGCGUUGUAAAUAUUCCAUUUUCAAAAGUGCAAUGGAUUUGUGACAGACAAGUGCAAAAAGUUUUUAACAAAAAAGUUUUAAUAAAAAAAAACUAAAGUGGUGUGCAAUAAAUAAUGCCAAAAUAUUAAAAUAAACUUAAAAAAUAAGUGCUUGCGUUUUCGGAGAGUGUUUUUACAUGUAAAAUAUUCAGUGUUGCAGAAACUGAUCAUAACUAUAGGCGCCAGUGAGUAAAAUGUAUAAAACGAACAUUUAAAAAAAAAGCAUGCCAGGUUUAAGUGGCUGGUGUUACAGUGAAGUGGUAUUUAUUAGAGUGGACACAAUGUGAAAAGCGUUCGCGAUGUGGGCGGCGGAGUUGAGCUGUAUUUUCAUAUUAUUCGGUGUAACAGCCGGCGGCGGAGGCUGGGAGCCUCUGGGGCAGCCGUACUUCGAUAACAGCACGAAGCGCGAGGCCACCGCCGCCGUGGGCCAGCCUGCGUACCUCCACUGCAGAGUCAGAAACUUAGCUGAUAGAGCGGUAUCCUGGAUCCGUAAACGAGACUUGCACAUACUGACUGUGGGGGUGCACACGUACAGCAGCGACGCGCGGUUUGCGGCGCUCCACGCGGACGGCUCGGACGAGUGGACGCUGCGGGUGGCGCCCGCCCAACCGCGCGACUCGGGGGUUUACGAGUGCCAAGUAUCCACAGAGCCCAAGAUUAGUUUGUCGUUUCGACUCACCGUUGUCGUUUCGAAGGCUGAAAUUUUAUCUGGGCCGGAGCUGUUCGUACGAGCGGGCUCGGAUAUCAAUCUCACUUGCGUCGCGAAGCACGCCCCAGACCCGCCGAGUUUCAUAUACUGGUAUCGGGGUGAACAAGUGGUGAACUACGCACAGCGUGGUGGCAUCAGUGUGGAGACUGAGCAGAGAACUCGAACAAGUAGACUGCUCAUAGCACGCGCUUCACCUCAUGAUUCCGGCAACUAUACUUGCGCGCCGAGCAGUUCUGAGUCUGCGUCGGUGAUCGUGCAUGUAUUGAGCGGGGAGCGGCCGGCUGCCAUGCAGAGCUCCAGCCCACCUUCUCUACGAGUAAACCCAACACUUUGGGCCGCCAUCGCCACCGCGUCCUCAUACCAUAGACAACGUAGCUGGUUCCAUUUAAGUACUUCCUUUAUUUUAUACUCUAUAUCAAUUUCCAUAACCUACGGUGCCAUCUAUAUCACUGUAAUCAUUCAAGCUGCUUUAAGGUACAUGGACAAUUUAGAUAUGCGGUCUUGGAGAUGACCAACUACGGAAUAAGUUCUUGGUUUAUUGGAUAUGUAAUGAUAGCAUAAUUUUAAGCUGCUUUAUGUAUAGUGCAAAUGAAACAAUCGAGGUUAUAUCCUUGUAACGAUAUGUAUUUGAAAUACAACGACUAAAUAGCUAGUGAAUAUCACCUUUAAAAGGUAAAGUUUGUUAUAUUUAACUCGAAGUUUAAAUUAUAGAGGUUUCGUUUAUUUUAUUCUAUUAUAUUUUUAGCAUUGAAUUUUAAUUUUUAAAGAAUCUAUUUGCAGAAUAAGAAAGUUAACUAUUUUUGUCUAAUUGGAUUUCAUAAUAGCGCAAAAAGCACCUUGAAAAAGCGAAAAGCUUGAGGUAUUAAUUUUGAUAAUAAGUGUCUUUAAGAAGGUUAACGGUACGCAUUUACUUUGCCGGCUUAAAGUCUUUAGGCGAUUAUUCGCUGCUUAUUCUCUUUCGUUUUUCCAGCCAACUACGCCGAUCUUAAUCCUGUAGCAAGAUUAAGAGAAAAUCGAUUUGGUUAUUCCGAUCUGGCAUGAGCAGAGAUUCAAUAUAAGAAGCUUAGUCUAUGUAUUAUGUAUUUAAGCCAUCGCUUGGUCGGUCUCCUUUAUCACGUUAUUUACCUUUCUAUCAAAUUGGAUAAACAGCACGGACGAGAAACAACUGACUGGUCAUAAUCCUGAGUAAAAAUCGGAAUCAUCACGUUUUGUUUAGACUAACAUUACGGAAUUGCGAUAACAAAAUUAUACCUACGCUUAUUAUUUAUUUAGAAAAAAUGAAUGAUGAUCAAUCAGCUUAAAUUGGCUAAACCGAAAUAGCCAAAAGCAAUUAGAUUAAAUUUCGAUUUUCAUUUAUUUGUAGCUUUAAUUUAUUCCAAAGUUGAGGUAAUGACAUUGAUUUGAAAUUUUGUUUUUGUUAAAUUCUCUUUCGUGGGUAAAUUAAAAUGAAAAUGUUUUUUGUACACUUGACUGACAACGAUAUACCUAACUUUCAAUAGAUCGAAUUCUCAGUAAAGUACAGUCUCAAUAAACCUACACUGAGUAUGCAGUCCUCGAGUGCUCUGCAAAGAUACUGAGGGUACGGUACAUCGAGUCGAUCUAGUCCAGUUGUUUAGAAAUUUUCUCAAAAGCCGAGCUCUCUCUUUUAUUUUUCUUUUAUUUAUCCUUGCCUUUUGCUAUCGGCGAGCAAAUUUACGAGACAUUGUAAACGACUUGGAAAAAGAACAAAAACACAUCUGCAAAUCUUAGUCGGCAGUCCAUAAAAAUGUUUUAUUUUAUUUUUCUCUGUAGCUGCGAGUUUUAAGUAGUAGAUUUUAUUAUGAAAGUUCAAGCAAUAUUUUUUGUUUCUUCUAUCUCGUCGACGAUAUCUAGUUCAUAAGCUACUUUAUUUUCUUUAAUGCAAACUCAUUGCAAACUCGAUGAGCUUAUGGUAAGGUUCAGUUAACUGUCAUGUCAUAACGAAGAUCCACAAUUUCCCAAACAGUUUUCCUAACAUAAUAAUACUAUUAUAGUAACAUUCCGUUCUUUUUUUAUUACUCUUACUUUCAAAUUCAAAUUCAAAU